CGCUUCACUUGCGUUAGCUGUAGUGCUACCUUCCAACAUGUCGGCUGCGUGUGUGCUCCCCAUGUGUUUGCGGGCGAGCCGGGGCCUCCUCCGGCUCAGGAGCGCCGCGGCGGGUGCCUCCACACCAGCCGCAGUGGACAUCAUCCGGACACUCUGCACGGACAAGCCGCCGGCCGGAGCAGGCAGUGCGGCGGGCGGGUUGGCUCAGGCGAUCCUCCAGGAGAGGCUCCAGCAGCAGCAGCAGCAGCAGCCGCCGAGUCAGGGUCCGCCUCCUCCUGAGGGAGGGGAGGGCGAGAGGGAGGGGGAGAAGGCCGAGGACAGGAAGCAGAAGGAGAAUACGGCCUACGCCAAGAAGAUGGUGCUGCGGUUGGCGGGAUUCAUGGGAGUUGGUGGGGCGGUCGCCAUCGUUUACAUAUUUGGCACGAAUUCAGUGGAUGAACAAGGAAACAGGAUUCCAGAUGAGUUCGACAAAGAGCCUCCAGUCGUCCAACAGUUACGAAGAACCUACAAAUACUUUAAGGACUACAGACAGAUGAUCAUCGAGCCGACGAGCCCAAAGCUGCUGCCCGACCCCCUGAAGGAGCCGUACUACCAGCCUCCUUACACACUGGUGCUGGAGCUCACCGACGUCCUGCUGCACCCGGAGUGGUCGUUGUCGACGGGUUGGCGCUUUAAGAAACGUCCGGGCAUCGACUACCUGUUCCAGCAGGUCACGCCGCUCUACGAGAUCGUCAUCUUCACCGCAGAGACCGGCAUGACGGCGUAUCCUCUGAUUGACAGCAUCGACCCUCAGGGUUUCGUCAUGUACCGUCUUUUUAGAGACGCAACACGCUACAUGGAGGGCCAUCAUGUUAAGGACGUGUCGUGUCUGAACCGUGACAGCAGUAAGGUCAUCUUGGUGGACUGUAAGCGGGAGGCUUUCAGCCUGCAGCCUUUCAACGGCCUGGCUCUGAAGAAAUGGGACGGAAAUUCAGAGGACCGAACGCUCUACGACCUCGCCAACUUCCUCAAGACCAUUGCUAUGAGCGGCGUGGAGGACGUACGUUCAGUGCUGGAGAACUACGCACUGGAGGAGGACCCCAUCGAGACCUUUAAGCGCCGACAGGCUCAGCUGGCGCAGGAGGAGGAGCAGCGUUUAUCUGAGCUCUCCCAGCAGAAGAAACACGGACUCUCUCUUGGCUCCAUCACCUCGCGAUUUUGGCGCUCCAAGCAGCAGUGAGCCCCGCCCCCUCCCCUGCUCACUUACCACUCAUCACUUGUCCGAGGUGAGGUGAGGGGGGAGGAGGGAAAGAGACCUGUGUGCUGCAGGUGAGCGGUCUCUGCCGUCACAGAUAGCCACAGUCGGCGGGGCUGCUGUGCUGGAACGGCGCGAGGACGCUGACUGGCUCUGCACUUCCUGAUUUUUGUGGAGGCGGGGCCUCAUCUUUGUGUCACCUGAUGAAAUUUUAAGCUGCUGAUCGAGAGGAUCCGGGUCAGUUUAAACUCUUGUUGCUGGUGGUUGAAGGCUGAUCCGGGACCGGCGCUGCCAUCUCCACUCGAGUUAGAGUCCACCCCACAGCUUACAGGAUCUGACCUGAGAUCAGCUGUCAUCUGCCACACUUUGAGAAUGUGUAUUUUAUUUUCUAUGACUGUGUGUGUGUGUGUCUCAGACUGUGCAGUUGGAAGCGAUGGUCACAUCAUGAAUAAUGUUUAUAGUGAUGAAAAUAAACAAUAAGUAAUAUCCAUGGGAGUUUGGUGAAUAUGUCAGAGCAGCGGCAGCAUAGACGGAUGUGCAGCCAAGACCGGAACAGCAGGUGAGGAAAACGAAGGAAGGAAAAGCAGGAUAAAAUCUGAGGUCUGAGCGUUUUUCAUUCAUGAGUCUGAUGUUGGCGGGUGUGGAUGAGUGGGACACAACAACUGCAAAAAGCACCACUUCUUAAAAAUGUGACAUCUGGCAGAAGGAUGAUGAGGAACAAAAGGUUUUGGAUGAAGAGACCUUACCCGCUCAACAGUGUUUUCCUCUGUACAAUACUUUGCAAUUGGUCCUUGUUAGUUGGCAAGCUAGCUAACGUUAGCUAGAAGAAAGCUAACUCGAAUGGUUGAGGUCCUUGAAACCAGAAAAGGUCCCUACAAGAAUCAAAUGCACUGCUAUCAUCGUACCUAGUCUUAUCUCAUUAUCAGUCUUCUUACGAGGGCCUCAUUAGAUAAAACGAGAUAUUAGCUUACCUAGCUAGCCAGCAUUAGUGGAAUUGUUUAGGAGCAGCUUGAAGAACGUGUCACGGAGUCUGAGAUCCACAAAGAUCACCACCAUGUGAUGAAGCUGCUGAAGAUGCAGAACUUAAGUUACAGUCUUGAGCCACCCUUCAUUUCUUUAUAUUUUGCUUCCAAGGAGCCAGGCCUUGUCAUUUUUAAAGUGGUCCAGAGCAACAGUUCUCCAGCUUUCUGAAGGUCUUUCAAAGUGUUUCUUUGGACAUUGGCUGCUUUUUCACUCGUUUUCAGUCUCCAUUUUUAGAGGAUUUUUUUGUUUAAGCCAUUUAACACUGACUCAUUCAAUCAGAAAUAAGGCUUCUAAUUUGCACAUAAGUCAACUUAGCAAAGGACCAGUUUUAAACUUUGUCUUUAAGCACUUUGUUACUCACCCUGUCACAAACACACACAACUUGUUCUCAUUUGCCAAAGAUAACACAGUUUGACUGACAAAGCAUUUUUGCAGCAACAGGGUGAUUGCCCAAGAGCUAUUAGCAGAAGACUUGGCAAAUCUCUGCAUGGUGUGCAGUGUGUCCUUAAAAAGUUAUAAACUAUAAACUAUACAGCAGGUGAACAGUAUCUGACAGGACCUGA